AUGAAGCUCAGUUCCCCGUUGAUUCUAACUGUUCUCUCAUUUAUCUGCAGUUCGGACCCGACUGUCGCUGUAUCCAACGAGCAUGGAGGCCCUACUGCAUCCCUAUCUUAUGCGCGAUUCGCUCGUUCUGGAAAGAGGCAGCCGCAACUCAGAGCCAGAAGCGGCAGCUUUCUGGAGCCGAUAGAACCGUUCUUGAACUCCGACGACAUCGGUUCCAACGACCGUUAUGAUGGGCCGCUGAGCUUUGCUGAGGCUGACGACAGGCGGGAAGGUGCCGCUGUCCGUUCGCCAGGAGAUGUGAGUGGCAGUCCGGUAGAAGACCAGCAGAUUUUGACAGAGGAAGGCAAAGACGGUGACUCCGUUUAUGCAUCAGCGUCCAGCGGCCUGAACGAGGACUCGGGUGAGAAACAAUCUGAGCCUGUUACGCUUGAGAAUUACGGCGGUGAAGGGGAACCUGUCACGAAACACCAAGCGGAAACGGAUGACUACGGAUAUCCGCGGCACCAACUUUUUGUGCGGCCGGCGAUUUUUGCGCGGCGCAGGCAUGAGAAUACAUUGAGCGAUGAUAUAUGGCCUUCUAACGUUUCUAACCAUGCGCCGGGCAUCCAGCAUCCCCUGCUGAAGGUCGGAACAGGCACCGGCGCCUACUCGCAACCUGAUCAAGAACAACUCAGCGACACCCAAGACCGUCUUGAAGAACAAGAACCCAUCGGCACCGAAGACCAACCUCCUGGAGAACAAGAACCCAUCGGCACCCAAGACCAACCUCUUGGAGAACAAGAACCCAUCAUCUUCAAGUCCCAAGCAAACCAAGGGUCUCCACUUCCGCCACCUCGUCCGAACCUUUUGAGACGGGCGGCAGGAACCGCAAAAACACGAGCUAGAGCGCUCGGAAGAGGUUUGAAAGGACUCUGGGGGAAAGCCAAACGUGGUGCGCGUCGCGUCGGAAGAGGGUUGAUGUCUGGUGUCGGCUGGGUCAAGAGAAGAUUCACACGAAACCCGUUCCGCAGGGGCCGACGAGAGGCUGUCGAGGACACUGAAUUUUCAAGUAGGACGCAGCCCCAGUAA